CUCAUCCUCUUCCUCAUUACUCCAUGCAGGGCUUUCAACAGUUCAACCAUGGCUUUUCGCGACGUUGCCCUAGAGGAGCUUCUGAAAUUGUUACCCAACGCGCUUCUCAUGGGUCAGGGUGCAUCCGAUUCUAUUGACGAUCGAGCUAUUCCAGCUAAUUCGUCACAGAUAACUACUGUGGCGAUUAGGGUCUUAGAUCGCGAAUCUGGACAUGCAGAGCUUCAGUGGCUGUCUCGAUUGGAAAACCACCCGAAUAUCAUACCCUUUACUGGACGGUGUACAACAAGAGACCGGGUAUAUCUUGUGUCCGAGUAUUUCAAUAAUGUUACAUUCUAUGACCGCCUUACGGAAGAUUUGACAUGGAGACAAGUAUUAAGGGUAAUAGCAGGCGUCGCCUCUGGUUUGGCACACAUCCACGCAGCUGGCCUAGUCCACAGGGACAUAAAGCCCCAAAGUGUCAUAGUAAACCAGGAUUUUCAUCCAACGAUUGUGGAUUUAAACUUAAUUUGUCAAGAGGGAGAAAUUACUGAUGUGCAAGGCCCGACUUACGGAUAUUUUUCCAAAGAAGAUGUGAAUGAAGGAAUAGCAAAGCCAUCCCAGGACAUGUAUGCCUUUGGAAUUUUCAUUCUCCAGGCAGUGAUGAGGCGUCAACAAGUCUUCUCCACGCAAACACCCGUUGUCGUGCCUCAUAUUCUUGAUUCAAUGCAAACAGCAAUGACCAAGAGGGGCCAUGCAGUUGAUGAACGGCUAAUGAUGCGUGGAUGCUCCCCCUCACAAGCCAAGAAAGUCACAACUGUUGCCCUGCAAUGUGUUCAAGUCGUGAAUGCACGCCCAACCAGCACACAAGUUGAAAAGGAGCUCAAAAAGGAACUCAAAGUACUGACAAUCCUUCAUGUUUAACAUAAACGUCUACUAAGAUGCUGGGAUUCGAAAUGGUUGGGGCCAAAGUACUUGUUCUUCAGUUAUAAUUGGAAGGAGAACAUUGGCGUCAGUUCACUAUUGAUGUAAUUAACUUUUCCCGCAAAAUCACCUUCUAUAGACAAUAUAGCUAAUUUAUUUACUAUUUCUUGUGACUACUAUAAUAUUAAACUAUUAAUAGUCUAGUGAUUUUACAAAAA